AUUUCAUUCACCCUCACAUAUUGUUUUAAUUCAUCUUUCUUUCUCCUCAGAAGUCCAUAGGAAAAUAUCUCAGCUGCCACUUAAAAAAUAUAGAUGAAAUGCCUCAUAAGAUGAACAUGCAAAAAAAAAAAAGAAGCAAUACUCAUGCUUAUUUGUUACGACAGCCUCAUGAGUUUCAAUUCAGAGUUUCUCUGCUGUGCUCAAAAUGAAUGACCACCUCUUACGUACAUAACACACCAAGGCUACAACUUUCUGAUCAUCAACUUAAAAGCUAUAUAGCUUUUUCCCUCAAGAAAUGUUUUCUACCAAUUACUUGAUCCAUAAAUAUAAGGGGAUUAGAACGCGCUGUCCCAAAAAUAAACGAAAGGAGAUUACAACUCGAUGUCCGGAAAACAAACAAGAGCUGGAGAUUACAACUCUGUCCAGGAACCAAACAAUUGAUGAUUAGAUCUACACAGCACGCCUCUCCGAUUACCUCUGCAGGCAUGGAGUUAAUAUCUGAUCAGGCACCUAUGGAUCAUACAUAUAUGGAUUACUACACCAUAACGUGCAGAACAUGCGGUGUUCUUGCUUUGACCUUCGUUACAACGCUGCUCUAUAUGCAACAGCAUCAAUUGCUUGACACCAAAGAUACAGCAGCCCUUGUAACUCCUUGAGAGAUUUUGCUUCCAAAUACAUGAAAGACAAGGAGAUUGAUUCUCCUCACCCAGAUUCUCUCAAAAAUAUACAUAGCUCCUUUGUUACCACGGCUAGACGAUCGAAUAAGCGUGCUCUUCUUUGCGUGGUGACUUACAAUACAAGGAAAUACAGGCUCAAAGGAACUGUUAAUGAUGUCAUCAACAUGAAAGAGUUGUUGAUUAAUCAGUUUCAUUAUCCUCCUGAGUCCAUUAGAGUCAUGACAGAAUAUGAGAAAAGGUAGUUUAUUCCAACAAAGCAAAACAUAAAAAACUUCCUUAAAUGGCUGGUGGAUGGGUGUAAAGCUGGAGAUUCACUGGUCUUCUACUUCUCUGGACAUGGCUUAAGGCAGCCUGAUUUCAAAGACGAUGAAAAGGAUGGAUUCGAUGAAACUAUUUGUCCCGUUGAUUUUUUGAAGGAAGGAAUGAUCCUCGACAAUGAUAUAAAUACAGACAUUGUUAAGCCCCUCAAGAAGGGUGUCACCCUCCAUGCCAUUGUCGAUUCUUGUCACAGUGGAACUAUUCUCGAUCUUGUCCAUGUCUACAACCAUCACAAGAACCUAUGCUAUCGUCCUCUGAAAAAUUUGAUGUAAACACAAAGAAAUUUGAUCUGUGAUCUUUAUCGUUAAUCAAGCUGUUCGGACACGAACAUGGAACAAGGAUAGCUGUUCUCUCUCGAAGAUCGUGGACCUUCACUGUCUUCGUUUCUAUUUUUUAUUCUUAGUUACUUUUAAUUUUGUAAUGUUUGUAGAUGUGUUUAUGUGAUCUAAUGUCAAUUUACGGUCAGCUACCUACAAAUUAGUUUUCUUGAUUUGCAGAGUUUUUGGAGUCAAGCCGGGAAAAAGGAAAAUAAAGCUGAAAUUGAAAUAAUAUCUAUAGAAAUUUUAUGGAAGUUAUACAUUUCCUCAUUAAAAAAAAAUCAUCUAAUCUGUUGUACGAACGCUUGUAUUAAUGAUACGA